AUGGCUGGCGUUACCGAGAUGGCUGGCGUUAACGAGCCUCCGUUCGGCGACGGUCGCGUACAGCUCGUGAGCCUUCUCAACGCAGCGAUCUCGUUGGCGGUGUACAUACUGCACUACGAAAGCUGCGGGAUCACCGCCUGCGUCAUGGACCACUGGUGCAGCGGCCCAGAGGAACUUGGGAACCUCAGCGUCAAGCAGUGGAAAGAGUCGGCCAUUCCAAUGAACAGCAUCUACAGCACCGUACGCGAACCGCCUUUUGGUGUAGCGAACAAUCACGUCGUUCCCUGCGCCUCGUGGGAGUUCGACCUGGACAAGUACGGGAACAGCAGCGAGUGGGCGCUGGUAUGCGACCGAGCGCGGCUUAUCGGGCUAGCCAGGCUCGUCUACGCCGCCUCCUGCAUCGUAUCUACGCCCCUGGUGUACAGGCUCGUGGAUCACACCGGUCGCAAGCUGGUCGUUUUCGGCACCAUUCCGGUGGUGCUCAUCACGGGCGUCGCCAGAAGCCUCCCGAACAAUUUCCAGUUUUUCAUCAUCGUUCGCGCUGUCGUCUCAGCGGCAACGAGCUGCAUUGUGCCGCCGGUGCUCGCGAUCCUCUGGGAAGUGAGUACACCGCGGAAGGCGCCCUUGUACUGCGUCAUCUCCAUUCUGGUCACGUUGGUCGUCCCCGACAGCGUGGUGGCCGCCGCAGAAGCGCUGAAGACCGGCUGGACCACGCUUGAGCUAUUCCUCAUGGUGCCGACGUUCCUGCUUGUAACGCUGUACUUUACCUUAGCGGACUCUCAGCUGACUCGUUGCCACAGGCCACGCAGCAGAAACUGUACGGGUAUCGGUGCACCUGGCCAGGUCCAACGAAGUGACCAUGGCCCUCCGCCGUCAACUGUUUGCCUUGCAGGACAAGACGCAGGCGAGUAA